AUUUAUCAUUAUUAUUAUUAUCUUUGAAUAAUGACUGCUUCAAAUAUAUUAAAAUGGAUACUUGACAUUAAAGAUAAUCGAUUUUUUGAAGUUCAAUCAAGUCCAACAGAAUUCCAAAUAAAACAAGUACUGAUUAAAUCACUUUGUGUAAAUACUUAAUCUAAUCGUUUCGAUAAAGGUUGUCCAUGCAAAUAUUCCAAAAGAUUGGAUUGAAAUAUUAGUUGUAGAGUUAAUUAAUGACGAUUAUGCUAUACCUGCCAUUUUUGAGCCAGAUGCUAUAAGAACACAGCUUAGUGUGCCGGAUUUAAAUAAAGAACAUUUCAAAGAAUUAAAAGACAAAGUUGUGGAAAUUAGUAAACACAUGAUUGGUGUGUGUUGUGUUAACAAUAAAGUAUACCCAUAUUUGAUUAUAUUAGAAUUCAAUUAUGAGCCAAAGGCAGUAGAAAGGCCUUUUAGGAAUGCACAAUGUGUGUAUAAGAAUGAUGAAAUCAAAGAGUGGAUCGAUAAUCUGAAUCGUAGUGUACAACAUCUUGAUCGACCUUUGUCAACUUACUUCAAAUCAAGAGAAUUAGGGAAAAAGUAUCCAACUUUUAAACAAAUUGAACCCAUGUUGGAAUUCAUUUUAUCUAAAUUAUACGAAAAUUUAAACAAUGAUUCUACGACAGUAACUAAACAAUCAGUCAAUCAACCAUAUUCGACAACAGAAUUGUCAGUGGGAAAAGACGAAAUGAGAAGAACGAAAGACGAAAGAAAGAGAACCCAAACUGAAAAUUUAAUAAAAAAGGAUGUUAAACAUGCAUCAGUAACUUUACACGAAAAACAAGGAUCGCAAACAAAAGUUGCACCAAAACAAAAGACCAAUAAGCGUUCAAUUAUGGAUGAUAUAUUUGCAAAUUAUGAUUAUAAACCAAAGAAAAGAAAGGAGAUAAACGCAUCCAUUUCACAACAAAGCGUAGCUGAUAAAAAAGACGUUUCUAAUGAAGCAGAAAGAACAUCAAGACAACAACUUGGAAAGAAGAAUGAACCUGAAUUAUCAAAACCAAAUACAGAAGCUGCUUCACACUCUGAAAAUACGAUUAAGUCUACAAUACCUAAAUGUAUCCAUUUAAUAUCUGCUAAAGAGUAUCAAAAAACAGUAGAAGCUCGAUUUAAUGCAAUGACAAUUAUACCUGAUGAAGAAUGUAUUAUACCUUCUUCACAAAUCUCUAUAACGAAAACAUCCGUAGAGAAUAAUCUAACAACCACCUUAAAUUCAAGCAAUACUACUACCAAUCAUAUACAUUCAGGUAAACAAAUCAAGAGGUUUUUAUCUGAUAACGACUUGAGAAUAGAAGAAUAUCGACUAUCUUCACUAUUAGAUGUGUUAUCUGAUUUUAAUAUAGAAUAUGAGAAAAUAAUAAUAGAAUCCAAUCCCUAUAAAAAACGUAAACAUUUUUCAAAAUUGAGAACAGUGAAUGCCCUUUUGCAUUUUUAAUAGUUGCAUAAAAUAAAGUCAC